GCGGGAGGGUGGACGUGCGCGUGUCCACGGUCCACCCGCCCCUUUACAAUAACCCCCAACCAUCAAAAUGACUAACCUCUGCUAACGUUAUUGCUUUGACUGUUUAAGCGGUGCUGUAACGUCUGAUCUGAGCUCACCGGAGAAAUACAGGGCUUACAAUCACAAGAAUUCGACGUUGAGGUUUAUUUUCUCUGCUGCUCGGCCUGGGUCCCCGGGGUCGCUCUCUUAACUUGCUACAAAGAGACUGAAGUGACAUUUACGUUUAUUCAUUCAUCCACAACCACAACAAUGGCAGCACAGGAUUUUAAUUUAUUGCUUGCGACGGAUUCUUAUAAGAUCACACACUACAAACAGUAUCCUCCAAAUGUCAGCAAAAUCUACUCCUACUUUGAGUGCAGACGCAAGAAAGCCUCCCAGUUCAAUGAAGUGGUGUUCUUCGGCCUUCAGUAUCUGCUGAAGAAGUACCUCAUAGGCCAAGUGGUCACAGAGGAGAAGAUUCAGGAAGCCAAGCUCUUCUACCAGAUGCACUUCAGACAGGCUGUGUUCGAUGAGGAAAGCUGGAGGAAAAUCCUCGAGAAACACGAUGGCCGUCUUCCUAUCCGGAUCAAAGCUGUCCCUGAGGGUAGGAUUAUCCCGAGAGGCAACGUGCUCUUCACCGUGGAAAACACUGAUCCCGAAUUCUACUGGCUCACCAACUACAUUGAGACCAUGCUGGUCCAGAUGUGGUAUCCCAUCACAGUAGCCACCAUAUCCAGGGAGUUUAAGAAGAUCCUGGCCAAGCACCUGAAGGCCACCUCGGGGAGCCUGGAAGGUCUGGACCUGAAGCUGCAUGACUUUGGCUACAGAGGAGUCUCCUCACAGGAGUCUGCAGCACUGGGUGGAGCAGCUCACCUGGUUAACUUCUGCAGUACAGACACAGUAGCUGGGCUGCUGAUGGCCCAGCGCUACUAUGGCUGCCCCAUGGCCGGCUUCUCCAUCCCAGCAGCAGAGCACAGCACCAUCAUCUCCUGGGGGCGGGGCCGGGAGAAGGAGGCGUUUGAGCGAGUCCUGGACCAGUUCUCCUCGGGGCCCGUGUCCGUGGUCAGCGACAGCUACGACAUCUUUAACGCCUGCAAACACAUCUGGGGAGACAAGCUGAAGGAGCGAGUCAUGGAGCGCAGCCAGGACUCGUGUCUGGUCAUCCGGCCCGACUCCGGAGACCCCGCAGAGACUCUCAUUGAGGUCAUCAAGAUUCUGGAGGAGUGUUUUGGCUGCUCUCUGAACUCCAUGGGAUACAAGGUCCUGCCUUCCUAUCUGCGGAUUAUUCAGGGAGACGGCAUUGACCUGUGCUCGGUGGACGAGAUUCUUCAGAAGCUGAGUGAUGAAGGAUGGAGUGCUGAGAACAUCUUCUUUGGUUGUGGCAGCGCUCUGCUUCAGAAACUCAACAGAGAUACACUCAACUGUGCCUUCAAGUGCAGCUACGUGGAGACCAACGGCAAGGGGAUGGACGUGUACAAGCAGCCAGUGACCGAUCCAACCAAGGGCUCAAAGCGGGGUCAGUUAUCACUGAGGAGAAACUCUGAUGGCUGCUUAGAGACGAUAGAGAGAGGGGCAGGCAAGCCUGAGGAGGACCUGCUGGUGACUGUGUUUGAGAACGGCAGUCUGGUGCAGGACUACUCCCUGGAGGAGAUCAGGAAGAACGCUCGGCUGCGGGACGAGGAGGUGCCCACCCUGCACAACUGUGAACAGGAGCCGCUGCACAAUCGCAUCAUCAACGGGAUUCAUUAGAUCAACCCCAGAGCCCCUCAGCAUCCAGAUAAUACUACACACACAGUUUCAAACAGGGCGCCCUGGCAUGCAGACUGCCGUGGUUAUGAAAGGCACCCAUCUAAGUAUAAACUGAACAUGUUGAAGGGGAGUUUAAGCUGUUUUCUCACAAGACACUAACAUUUACUAUAACAAAAUAUAAAUACAGUAUUAUUGAUUCUAGUAAUCUUCAGCGAUUAGGUGAUAGCACCAGUGCUUGAUAUACAAUACAUGAUUUAUGAUGAGUGGCAGCCUCUUUAUCAGCAGAACAAUGUGCUGCUGCAGCCCAACUUUCUGCCCUUUAGUUUCCUUUUUGUUUAGGAAACACAAGCCAUGUAUAGUGUAUAAAUGAAGACAUCACAACAGUGACCAGUAGUGCAAACUAAGCAGAUAGUGCUGCACUGUAACAGUGACGCACACAAAAAAAACCAAAGUCAAAGAAGCCAUAGCUGUUGUUUCUGCUUCCUGAUUUCUGAAGCCACUGGCCCACAAAGCACAGCAGACCCUAGUGUCUUUUAUUGAGUAAUACAAAAUACAUUACCACAUGAAUAAGCAUAUGAAUGAACUGUGUAAACUAUGUAAAGGAACCAACAAUUUGGUUCAUUGACAUAAUUAUAAUUGAAGAAAUUUUUGAAUCUCACGUCCUUAUUAUGAAAUGUUAUUUCCCUGCCCUGUGUUAUUUUUUUUAAUUUUUAUGGCAGUUGAUUUUUAUUCUACUACAGACAUUUUUAUUUCAGAGUGCCCUUUAUCAUAAGUCAGCUUUUUUUUUUUACAUACUUUUAAACGUCUGGAGGAGGACUUUAAGAGACCGGGGUCAUGUGAUUGGCUGAAAGGUGAGCACGGGCGGCGACCACAAAUGCCCUCUCACCUUUCUGAAUGCGAUGAGUAGCAGUAGGUAUGGAUCAUGUGAUUUUGAAUAUCUUAGUCAUCACCAUACUAAGGCUGUACCGGAUAUCAUUUGAAGCUUUGAAUGGCUCUCGUCAUGUUUGGUGGUGAUGGCGCAAUGGAUGUGACACAUGCUUUUGGUGUGGGAGACAUGGGUUCAAUUCCCACUGCGAUACGUCAACCAAUGUGUAAGACUAUAAGUCCUAGUUGUUCCAGAGGCACGUGACCUCUGAUAUAUAGCAAUUGUCAGUAAUAUUUGAUGAUGUCAUCACCCUCUUUAAAUCACACCCUCAAUUUUGAAUAUUCAUCAUUAUAGUCAUGAUUCAUCCUUUUAAAUUAGUCUCUUUUUUUGUAUUAAGUCCAUAUGAACUUUUUUGGAACAAGUAAUUUACUGCAAUAGUGUUAGAGAUAGAUUUAAAAAAAAAUGUGUCAUAUAAAAGUAAUUUAUUGCGCUGUUGGAUACCGUUUAUACAGGUGCUGCCUCCCUUUGUGUGCGGCAGAGGAAACUUUUAAAAAUGUCUUUGGAAUGGCUAAACGCCAACAAAUAUGGAUAGAAGCAGAAUAUUUCAUUAGAUAAAAGAAUUAAACAUGAAUUUUGGAAAUGAUUGACAUAA